CUCACUUUGCCUACAAAAUGCCAUCGUGCUGACCUUCCACCGUUAAACCAACCUUUGACGAUGCUCGUUAAUGCAUUUUUUUUUCAUGCAACCUCCAGUAAAAGCUUUGCUCUUAUCACCGAAAACAUAACACUCACGCAAGAGUAAGAGAGAGAGCGCGAGAGAGUGUGACAUGGAGAGCGAAAGUAAGCGCGAAAAGCUCGCCCAACCAAAACGGAUGAAGGCGGUGAUCUCUUCUGGCAACAAGCGAGUAAACAGUGUCACCUGGACUAGGGUGAUCACACAACCCGUUCAGACGCGAUCGGCUGCAGACACGUUUUUUUACCGCGAGACGUUUGAUCGCGUGCUUUCGCGUGGUUGUUUCUGGUUUGUUUAAACUAUUUGUUUUUCUACGUUACGUUUGGUGUGUGAUUUUUUUUAUUUUAUUUUUACAUUUACCGUAAAAGUAGUGCAGUAGCAGCCCAAAUUCUGAAGAAUGGGCAUCGAAAAGGAGUUUAAUCUGGAAGAAGGUGCGGAACGGUUGAAGGACUGGAUCGCCACCCAGCCUCAUCUGCCACAAAAUAUACAUCCAACACUACUGCAAAGAUACAUCCACUCGACCCGUGGCGAUCUGGAGUAUGCGAAGAAGAUAUUCGUUCUCGGCUACACGAUCCGGCAGAACAAUCCGGCCAUUUUCGAUAACCGUGAUCCUCACAGCACAAAUGUGAUGAGCAUUUUACGAUCGAUCGAUAUGGUACCAUUACCGUCGGUGGAAGGUUGUGAAGAUAAGUUUAUUUACUAUCGUUUGGUAAAUUGUGAUCCGGAUAAGUUUGAUUUUAACGAUGUCAUUAAGACGUUUUUCGUCAUUGCCGAUCUUCGCAUGAUCCAACCGGAUGUCCCAAUGAACGAUGGUGGAGAUGUGCCUAUUUUCGACAUGAACGGAUUCACGCUUCGCCACAUGACCAAGGUCGUACUGUCGACAUUGCGCGUAUACAUGCGAUACACUCAGGAAGCACACCCCGUGCGUCUGAAGGCCAUUCAUGUGAUCAACUGUACGCCGUUUCUGGAUCGGGUCAUGUGCUUGGUGAAACCGUUCAUGAAGAAACGUGUGGCCGAUAUGUUACAUUUUCAUCUGCCCAACUCGGAAACAAUCUAUGCCCAUCUUCCAAAAGCUGCCCUGCCCGACGAGUACGGUGGCGAACAGUCGAUUAUUAAGCACAAGGAAGACUGGUUCAACAGGAUUAAAAUGCAGCGUGAUUACAUUACCGAUGGAAGCCGAUGGAAGAUUGACGAAUCUCGGCGAAAUAAUGGCAAUGAUCUCAGCGGUACACUGCGAAAGUUGGAAAUUGAUUAACGGCAAUUGCUGCACUGCGAUUGUAAAUUCUGUAUGCUCGUGUACAUUAUUGUAUUGUUAUUCUAGAACCUUUUAUAUGGGGUUAUAUUAUCAAACGGGGAAUUAGGGGACAGUUAUGAAAUAAAAACAAGAUUUUUUCCUAA